AUUAGCGCAGGCGUAUAGAAUGACAUAAAUACUCAGAUUUGGAGGGUGGUCGCUCACUGAUAGCUGAGCUGUUCAGACAAUAUGAAGCCCUUGCUCAUUGUGCUCGCACUUGUUGCUAUUCUGUGGCAAGAAUCGUCUGCUUCCACUUGCUCGUAUUCCUGUCGCAAAUCUUACGAAACUUCUUACAAAUGUGGUUUCUGGGGAUGGAGUAGAUGUAAAUCAACAGCGUAUCGUACUGGUACGUGCUACAGAACAUGCACACAUGGUGGCUAUUCGAGUUGGUCCACAACCUAUGGCACUUGUUCUCAAACAUGUGGUGGUGGCAUCCAGCGUGUUACCAAGAAACGAUACUGUACCAAUCCACCGCCUUCAGGAGGAGGUCGCCCAUGUGCUGGGUCAUCCUACAGUUAUACAACACAAACCUGUAACACACAAUCGUGUCCAGUUGAUGGCGGUUUCAGCAGCUACAGAUUAACUAAUACAGGAGCUUGCAGUAAGACUUGUGGUGGUGGAGUAAAACAACUGACCUACACAAGAUCCUGUUCUAAUCCUGCACCACAAUAUGGUGGAAGAAGUUGUGUUGGUGCAACUACUAAAACCCAGCCAAGCGCUUGCAAUACACAGCAGUGCCCAAUCAAUGGAGGUUGGACCGACUAUACCUUAGAUAAUACAGGUGACUGUAGUGUAACUUGUGGAGGUGGAAAUAAGACUCUGUCCUACUCCAGAACAUGUUCAAACCCCAGACCACAAUAUGGCGGUGAGGAUUGUGACGGCGCAAGUACUAAAGAUACACAGGAGGCCUGCAACACUCAGCAUUGCCCAAUUCAUGGAGGGUGGACCGAGUAUAAAUUAUCUGCUACUGGUGAUUGUUCAACAACAUGCGGAGGAGGAGAACAGAUUCUGACCUUUACCAGAUCAUGCACGGACCCAUCUCCUAUGUAUGGUGGCAAUGACUGUGUUGGUGAUACCGAAAGUACUGAUACCGAGACCUGCAAUGAAUAUCCCUGCCCAGUUAAUGGUGGUUGGACAGAUUUCACAGAAUGGGAAGAGAUCAACGAAUGUGAUUCCCUUUGUGGUGGUGGUAUCAAGGAAGAACAGCGUGACCGAACCUGCACCAAUCCAACUCCAGCUUAUGGAGGUGAUGACUGUGAUGGUGAACUAAGCCAAGUACGAAACGUGACUUGUAAUACUGAACUUUGCGGUAACAAAUGCCCUUCCGGUCAUGUUACAUACAUCGCUCAUAAUGGUAAUAAGAACAGAUUCUAUCAGUGUGACAACGACGUGGCUAGACUCAGAGAUUGUGCUGUAGGAACCAUGUGGAGCCAAGAGCGUACGGUUUGUAUUAAUUUACCUGUACCCACGGAAUGUAAUGCAUCGAAUGGUCUUGUUGCCGAUCCAGAUAAUUGCCGUAACUACAGAAUAUGUGACGGAGGCCAAUAUAAGACAGUAUCAUGUGGGUCUGGUAGUGCUUUUAACGCCGCUAUUAAGGCCUGUGACCACGAGCUAAACGUCCCUGACUGUAAUUAAUCUAAUUAAUCUUGUUAAAUUCCUUUGAAAAUAUUUUAACUGAACAGAAAAACACAUAUACAUUCAGUUUUAAACUCUUUUUCUUUUAUUGUAAUUUCUAUUCCGUUGAGUUUGGCGAGAUACGCGAGAAGCCCAAAUUGAAUGACAGUCUUAAAGUUGAAUUCCUUUGGAAAUGUUUCAAUAAAAUUAAAUAAUUGUU